AUGAAGAAGGUACAGCGCUUCAUCGGCGUCGGCGACUCCAAGCCCGCCUCGGCACCCCUCGUCAGUCCCGGCGGCUCGUACUUCAGCGCUGCCCUCUCAACGACUCAAUAUGGUACCGCACCUUCAACGCCUGGCGCUGGUGCUGCUUUGAGCUACGAAGCAACAGCCAAUCUGCUCUUUCCACCUUCACAAGCAGCGCAGCCUCAACAGUCCUCGCCGCGUUCCCGACCCAACUCCAGGCAGGUCUCGCCCCAGACAUCACAGACCCCUCUGCAUUCCGGCAUGCCCUCUCCCUCUCCUUUCAGCCCAUCUCCGCAACAGCAAUACUUUGAUCUUCCCAUCAGAGCCGUCUCGCCUAGCACAGUAGCCACUCCCCGUCCUGUCUCACCAAUGGCACGACCCGCUCUCAAGCACUCUGCUUCCAGUGCGGCACUCAAGCCAGCGCCCUCUGCUGUCGCCGGCCUUCUCGUUGAACGCACCGAUCUGCACAAGUCGCUCAAAGCGCUCGAGACCCUCCUCGUCAACCUCGACGAAUACCGCGACCUCGCCGCUCGCAUGGCCAAGGUCGAAAAGAAGCUCGCAAAGAGCACCUUGGAGCUCGAACGCACCAAGGUCGUCCUCCCGACCCCAGCGCAGACGCUCCAGGUCACCUCCACCAUGUACGAAGCUCUCUCCGACGUCUCGUCCCGACACGCCAAGCACAUUCAAAAGGAGUACGAAGCCGUCAAUGAUGCCUGCGCAAAGUACUUCAAGAAGAUCGCCAAGGAAGAACGAGCACACGACGAGCUCGUCCAGUCCAUCGACGCCAAGAUCAAGAAGGCAACUGCAGCCCACGAAAAGAUUGUCAAAAAGGCCGCAGGCAACAAACCGGCGCUCGAGUCGCAUGAAAAGUAUCUUGCUACUGUUCAGGCGCUCGCCGCCGACAUUGCCCGCGUCAAGCAUGCCCAUGGGCUCUCCAUGGCAGCCAAGAGUCAUGUCUCUUCAUUGCUCGUCGCCAGCACCGUGGCAGGAUUGGCCGAUGUCGACUUCAAGCAUCAGUGCGAGGCGGUGCGCCGCGUCGGACCCCACGUUGGCCGUCUCAACGAGCUGCUGUGUUUCACGUCCUCCGAAUUCAUGCCAGCCCUCCAAGCGUCCGAGUUGGAGGAAGCGCAGCAGGGUCAAGCCAACUAUCUCGCCGGACUUGCAGCUCAAGUCGAGGCAUCUGUAGCUGCCCAAGCUCAGAUCAACGCCAAGAUCAACGAGGACACUCAAACCAUCCUCCGCGCACAGGAGAUGGGUUGGCGUCCGCCUUCGCCUUUGUCCCUGCCGGCUGGCAACCACGUCAACCUGGGUCGCAGCAGCAGCAGCAAGAGCACUUCUGGUAAUUGCGCUGAAGCAGCUGGACCCGACCGUCCGCCGAUGGCGCGCUCUGCUCCGAGCAGUCACUUUGUCGACAACGCCACAGCAGCCGCAGCGCCUCGUACCACCACCCUGCAGUCGCAGCCUGAGCGUGGCAGCACACGCCCGCUCCCCAAUACAACGACAAGAACUGGACCCGCCUCGAACGGUGCCCCUCUGCAGCUGUCGCACGUCCAGCUGCACACGGUCAAUGGCAACGCCAGCCUCGACCGAGCACCCACCAACACCACCAUCAAGUCGAUGGCAGUUCAGCCCCAAUCUUGGGAGGACGCCGCCGGAUAUGCAAACGCCCAAGCCCACGACCGCGACAAUACGGAUUCUUCUGCGCAGGAAGGCAGCGUCGUCGAUAAGCUAGCGGUGCCGCGCGAAGAGUCGGACGCCGUUCCGCCGAGCCUUAGCGCCAGCAACAGCGCUCAAGGCUCGGACGACGGCAACCGCAUCCCUCGCACACCCGAUGACAACCAGGCAAUGGCCUCGCUGCAGGCCGGCCGCAACUUCUACCAGCAGCAGCAGUCGGCUAAGCCCAACGAGACGUUCGACUACCGCAAAGCUCAGCCUCUCAAUAGCGCGAUAGAGAAAGCACGCUCCAACGUUGUUUCCUCGACCAACAUGCGACCAGCCCAACGUGCGCUCGAGCAGUAUCGCGAGCAGACCGCGAAGCUCGAAUCCUCGCCGACUGCUCCCAAGUUCGAUCGCAGUCAAACUGCUCUCGGGAAUGGCUCGUCCGAGUUCAGCAGCACCGACAGCCGAUACAGCGCCGAGGAUCGACCCAACGCACGCAAGAUCAGUUUGUGGGAGCGCGAGCGCGAACGGAUGAGGCAGCUCGAAAAGGAGGAGGAGAUGGCCGCGGUGCGAGCGCCUUCUUCUUCCAACAACGGCUUUCAGCGUCGGCCCUCCUCGGCGAUCUACUCGAGCCAGGCCACUUCGUCGACGUUCAAUACGGAUGGUGCUUGGUCGCGAUCCAUUAUCAGCGACGGAGGCACGACCGACAAGGCUGCCGGGCAACAACUGGGACACGGCCACCCGCGCUCAUCGGGCACCGACUCGAGCGAUCUAGACAAAUACGCCCCCGCCGUAGGAUCGACGCGUCUGUCUGCAGUCGGCGUCACUCGAUCGCUCAGCACCGAUACCACCGCCUCGGAACGCAGCUUUGUAGCGAGGAUGAAAGAGCGCUACCAAGCUGCAAAGGACCUCGAGCGAGAACAGCGCGAGCGCGUCCUUCGCGACAAGCCCCGCCCUAUCCGUCGUACCACGAUGGACCCCACCCUGUCGCUCCCGUCCCUUGGCGGCGCGCGUGGUCGUGUGCCAGAAAUGGCAUCGCGCUACCAGACGACAGGAACCCCUACGUAUGCACAGGAGGUGCCUCCAGGACAACGAUACCACGACAGUCUGCCAACCACCUCGCGCAUGUCAUCUCUGCCCUCAAAAGGUGUGGACGAGUUUGGCGGCAUCGUCCGGGACAGGCGCGGUGCCGAGCCGCCUCAUUCGGAUGUGUGCGGCUGCCAUCAGUGCUCAGGACGUCAUUACGGCAGCGGAACGACCAAGGUGGAUCAACAGCGAACCAUGCCUCGCGAUGCACAGUCGCAACAGGCUUAUGCGCUCCGUCAACAGCAGCAGCACAAGCAGCAGCAACUGCAGACCCCGGCUGGAAGAGACGGAGGAAUGCCGCGUCGCAGUCAAGAGGAUUUGGGAGCGAGCGGCGACGGUGCAGCUAGGAAGGUCAUGUUUGCGCACGAGACGCAGACGAUACGUUGA